AUGGAAAAUCUAGAGGAGGUUUGGGACCGGUUACAACUAAACGAGGAAGAAAAUGUGUCAAUUGAGAUCAAUCUGAGUGAAGAGUCUGGAGUGAAGGCAAAGAGAAGUUUGGUGGGGAAAAUAAUUUCUAAUCGAGUAAUAAGUAAAGAAGUGGUGCGGAGGACUAUGGAGAAGAUCUGGAGGGUGGGUAAACUAUUGGAGUUUCAUGAAUUCCGGGCUAAUAGUUUCAUCAUAACCUUCGCUAAUCCUGGUGAUAAGAACAGAGUGCUGGGUGGUAAACCCUGGCAAUUUGACAACUGUUUAUUUGUGUUGAAGCCAUUUGAUGGAUUCACACAACCACACAAAAUGCGGUUCGAUAAUGAGGAGUUUUGGGUACAGAUGCACAACUUACCCCUUGCUUGUAUGAAUAAAUGCAUAGGAGAACAGAUUGGGGCUACUAUAGAGAAGGUGGUGGAGGUGGAUGCGGGGGAAGAUGGCAUGGGUUGGGGAAGUUUUCUAAGAAUAAGAAUUGAAUGUGACCUAAACAAAGUGGUGGCUCGAGGUAGAACCGUAAAUCUCCAAGGGAUGAAUAUGUGGGUGCCCUUUAUGUACGAAAAACUCUCGAGGAUGUGUUUCAGAUGUGGACGUAUCCUUCAUCCAGAGCAAGGUUGUCCAGGUGAAGUAGUAGGAGCUGUGGGUCAGUUUGGUCCUUGGUUGAGGGCGAGCAUAGUUAAAUUCAAAAAAUCUGACGAAUCAAGGAUGAGGGCGGAUGAGGAAAUGUCUGGAGUUGGUAAUUAG